GACUACAACAAAGGGCGGCGGGCGGCCGGCGGCGGUGACCGCUCUCCCCGUGCUUCCUCCAGGUCACGCGCGCCGGCCCCCGCCCGCCCCGCUCCAGAUGAAGUGUGAGCACUGCACGCGGAAGGAAUGUAGCAAAAAAACAAAAACCGAUGACCAAGAGAAUGCCUCAGUCGAUGCCCCGAGUCCGGCCCAGGAGAAUGGAGAGAAGGGAGAAUUCCAUAAGCUGGCCGAUGCCAAGAUAUUUCUGAGUGACUGCCUGGCGUGUGACAGUUGUGUGACCGCAGAGGAAGGAGUCCAAGUUUCUCAGCAGAACGCCAAGGACUUCUUCCGUGUUCUGAACCUUAAUAAGAAAUGUGAUACCUCACAGCACAAGGUGCUGGCAGUGUCCGUGUGUCCUCAGUCUCUGCCUUAUUUUGCUGCUAAAUUCAGCCUCAGUGUCACGGAUGCAUCCAGAAGGCUCUGCGGCUUCCUCAAAAGCCUUGGGGUGCACUAUGUCUUUGACAUGACGAUAGCCGCAGACUUCAGCAUCCUGGAGAGUCAGAAGGAGUUUGUGCGUCGGUACCGCCAGCACCGUGAGGAAGAGCCCCGGCUACCCAUGCUGACCUCCGCCUGCCCCGGCUGGGUCCGAUAUGCGGAGCGCGUGCUGGGUCACCCCAUCACGCCCCACCUCUGCACGGCCAAGUCUCCCCAGCAGAUCAUGGGCUCUCUGGUGAAGGAUUACUUCGCCAGACGGCAGAACCUGUCCCCAGACAAGAUUUUCCAUGUCAUUGUGGCCCCGUGUUAUGACAAGAAACUGGAGGCCCUCCGAGAAGAUGUUCCCACAGCUUUGCAUAGUUCCCGGGGUGCUGACUGCGUGUUAACCUCAGGUGAGAUUGUCCAGAUGAUGGAGCAGAGUGACCUGUCUGCCGACGAUGCCGUCGUGGAUACUCUGUUUGGAGACGUGAAGGAGGAGGAGGUGAGGCGCCACGAGGGUGCCAGCUCCGAGGGGUACCUGGCGCACAUCUUCAGGCACGCGGCCAAGGAGCUGUUCAACGAGGACGUGGGGGCGCUCACCUACCGCAGCCUGAGGAACAAGGACUUCCAGGAGGUCGCCCUGGAAAGGGACGGGGAGGUGCUGCUGCGCUUUGCGGCUGCGUACGGCUUUCGGAACAUCCAGAACGUGGUCCUGAAGCUAAAGAGGGGCAAGUUCCCCUACCACUUCGUGGAGGUCCUGGCCUGCGCCGGGGGAUGCCUAAGCGGCAGGGGCCAGGCCCAGGCAGAGGACGGGCGUGCGGACAGGGCGCUGCUGCGGCAGAUGGAAGGCAUCUACGCUGCCAUCCCGGUGCGGCCCCCGGAGACCAGCGCCCAUGUGCAGGAGCUGUACCAGGAGUGGCUGGGUGGGGCCGACUCCCCCCGGGCUCAGGCGGCCCUGCACACUGCCUACCAGGGCCCAGGGCAGCCUGCCAGCAGCCGGGACAUCAAGUGGUAAAGGUCCAGCAGACACCCGGCCUGCAGGCGCCUGAGGAGGGGUGUCGGACGCGUGAAGGAAAGGCUUAGUGUCUGUCAUCGCUUUGGUUUUCAGAAUUCCCUGCUCCUCAUCUGCCUGCUCCCUCCCUCUGAGGGGCGCCGUCGUCCUCACAUGGGUGCAACUGGAAUAUUGUAUCUCGAGAGAAGGACUGCCCCAAUGUAUGUAUCCUUUUAUCCUACGAUGAAAAAAUCCCAAAGAACAAGAAUGGAGACAGGCUACUGUCCUUUAGGCUUAAAAAACCCCAGAAGUGUCCUGCGAAGAGCCGAGACGUGGUUCUGUCCACGCCCCAGAGAGAUCGGAUGAGGAAAUGGCCCGGCUUGGCCCUGACUUGACCCACUUAAGUUACUCUUGAAGGUGUCUUUGCCACAAUGUGAAUAAACUGCCACCUUUUGGAAUAGGGGCUCACAGGA